ACUCUGGACAGUAUAAAUGCAGGAUGAAGGUUUCCCAAGGAACAGAGAGCAUCGACCGAAGUGUAGAUGGUGAAACACUUGCAAGGGUACAAAGUGAAAUAGUGAAACAAGUUUGGAAAGUGAAUAAAGGACAGACCUUACCCGAAUCGCCUAGCAAAAACAACGAUCCUGCCACAAGAUGUCUCGUUUUUGGAUGAUGCUAAUGUCUGUUCUUGUUCUCAUCACAAUCGCAACGGCUGCUCCAACUGAGCGGUUAAGACGAGAUGACAGCUCAGCAUGUGAUGAAGAUGAAUGCGAUGGGGAAGAGGACGGUGAUAGUGGAGAUUGCGGAGAGGAUUGUGAUGAACUUCAAGAGGAAGAUGAUGAUAGUGGCGGUGAUGAGGACGAAAAUGAUGACGAUGACGACUGCGACAGUUGCGGAGAUAGAAAGAAGAGAGACGAAGAAGAUGAAUGCGAAGAUGAUGAAAGUUGUGAAGAUGACGAAGAAGACGGAGAUGGAGACAGAAAGAGGAGAGACGAAGGAGACUUGGAAGAUGAUAGCAGUCCUGAAAAUGACGGCGACAGAAAGAGGAGAGACGAAGGUGACUUGGAAGAUGAUAGCAGUCCUGAAGAUGACGGAGACAGAAAAAGAAGAGACGAAGGCGACUUAGAAGAUGAUAGCAGUCCUGAAGAUGACGGAGGCAGAAAGAGGAGAGACGAAGGAGAUUUAGGAGAUGAUAGCAGUCCUGAAGAUGACAAGGAUUACGGGGACAGAAAGAGGAGAGACGAAGGCGACUUAGAAGAUGAUAGCAGUCCUGAAGAUGACGGAGACAGAAAGAGGAGAGACGAAGGAGACUUGGAAGAUGACAGCAGUCCUGAAGAUGACGGAGACAGAAAAUGAAGAUACUUUGAGGCACUUCUGCUGCCGACGUUGAGAAAAUAUAUUGGAGAUUGGAGAAUAUUGCCUUAACUACGGCACAUUAAUAUUAUUUUCAAAGUAUAAAUAUAUG